CUCUCGUUUCUUAGCUACCUCAAGCCCUUUUUGCUCUCUUUUCUGCCUCAAAAGCUCAGCAAUAUUUUUGGAAAAUUUCGGCCAUGAUGACAGAGAAAAAGGAACAAUUAGUAGAUAUUGUUGUGCAACCAAGUCUGCCAACCUCAGAUCGUUUUUCGCGGGAUGAAUUUCCCACAUCCAAGACAGAUUUGGAACUUGACAGGAAAAAAAGAGAUGACUGCCGGGCCUUGUGUCUAGCUGCACUUAAGGGUGACUGGGAAAUUGCAAGAAGCUUCUUGGAUAAGGAUCGUGGCAUGCUUCAUGCUAGAUUAACAAAAGGGCAGGACACAGUGCUUCACAUAGCCGUUACUGCCAAGAACAAAAAUUUUAUAAAAGCACUGGUGGAAUAUGUGACUGUGGAAGAACUUGCUAUUGAAAAUAUAAAUAAAGACACAGGCCUUAGUAUUGCUGCUGUAUCUGGAGAGGUUGAUAUUGCAGAGUUAAUGAUAGCAAAAAAUAAUACACUCACAAUGAUCCGUGGUACUAGGCAAUUGAUACCGUUUGGCAUGGCAGCUGAAGCUGGACACAAUGAAAUGGCAGGAUAUCUCUACUCAAAAACUGAGUUUGACCGCCUAGAUUGUUGUGAACGCAUUAAGCUAUUUUUUAUUAUCCUUAACAGCGAUCUGUACGUUAUGAUACUUUCCUUCGUACUCCCAAAUUUGAAUUUACAAAUUACAGUUCUGAUAAACAUGUUACGUACUUUCUAUCUUGCUUUUGUAUCAGAUAAUAUAGCAUUGGAUAUACUGGAAAAAUAUCCAACAAUGGCUUAUGCACGAGAUGAGAAUAAUGAUGGGAAAACAGCUUUGCAUGUGCUGGCUCAAAAGGCCCCAGACAUUUCAAGCAGCAGUUGGCUAAGGAUCAAGGCAAAAGACACCAGCUUAAAGUUCCAAGGCUUCUAUAAGGAAGGAUCAUUGCCAAUAUCGGCUUGUAAAUUACUUGAAAUGAUUUGGAAGCAAGUUCUGGAGCGAUCAGAUGAGGAAAUUUCAAACCUAAUACGGAGGCCUUCAGGAGUACUUUUUGAUGCUGCAAUGUCAGGAAAUGUUGAGUUUUUAGCUUUGCUUCUUUGCAAGUAUCCUGAUCUUUUAUGGGAAGUUAAUGACAAAGCGCAAAGCGUAUUUCAUGUUGCUGUUUUGCAUCGUCAAGUACACGUGUUCAAUCUAAUAGAAAACAUAGCAGCAGUUAAGGAUUACAUAGUAGGAAAUAUUGAUGAUGACGAAAACAACAUGCUGCACUUAGCUGGACUGUUGCCACAAGUGGAAAGACUUGGUGCCCCACGAGCAAACCUUCAGAUGCAACGAGAGCUAUUGUGGUUUAAGGCAGUGGAAAAGAUUUCCCGACCUUUUCAUAUGUCUAUGAAAAAUUCAGAAGGAAUGACACCCAGAGAAGUAUUCAAUAAGACACAUAGAGAAUUACUUAAAGUAGGUGAAGAAGCAAUGAAGGAGACAGCCAAUUCAUGUAUGCUUGUGGCAACACUCAUUUCUACAGUGGUCUUCGCUGCAGCUCUCACUGUUCCUGGUGCCAGCAAUAACAUAUCAAAUACUCCUUUUUUUAGCAAAGAGCAGUGGUUUAUGAUUUUUAUCCUUUCAAAUGCAGUUUCACUCUUCACCUCUGCAGCAUCAAUAGUGUUGUUACUGUCCAUUCUCACUUCAAGCUAUGCACAAAAUGAGUUUGUGUAUUCAUUGCAUGCAAGAUUGAUGUUCGGGCUCACAACACUCUUCAUCUCUAUUACGACCAUGGUAUUAGCCUUUAUUGCUGCCAUCUUUUUGAUCUUUAACUACAAGUUGGAAUGGGUUCCAUAUGCCAUUGCUUCACUUGCCUGUGCUCCCGUGAUUUUGUUUCUUGUGUUACAUUCUAAUCUUUGGGCUGAUUUGAUCCGCUCAUAUUACUGGUCCAAGUUUUUAUUCCAGCCAAGCAAAUACCGAAUUUUCGAGUUAGAAUUUUGA